CGGUGUCACACCACUGAAAACUUCUCUUACUCUCUUUCCUCUCUCUCUAGAGAUUCCUGAAACGAACUCUUUCCCUCGCUCUACCUGCAGAGACGAAAGCUCUGUUAACUUAAUCCAUCCAUCUUGUUUCCCGGAUUCGAAACCCAUACGGAGAAUCAAAGAGUAGCCAACGAAAGCAUCAUUUUCCUUUUCCAUUCACUGGGAACGGAAGUUUCUGACUUCUUUCUUUAUUAAGCUCUGUAACUUUCGGGGAAAUUUCUAUCCUCCCCUGUUCUUCGGUUCAGUCUUAGCUUUAAACACUAUUCUUCUGUCUCUCUUCCUCUCUUAAACUUCAUUGAAAUUUCUCAUCCUUUUCAGAUAUAGAUAGAUAGAUUACUCCAUUAUUUAGUCAGUCUUUACUUUUGAUUUCUCUCCCAACUUUCAAGCUCCUCUUUAAACGUCCUCUCAGCUUUCCUUGGCCCCUCUUUAAGUUAUUCUCUCCUCGUGUUGAGGAUUCUCAAAGGAAUCGUAUCUUUUUCUCUUGGGUCUCUCUCUAUUUCUUCCUUUCACCUCUCGCGCUCUCCUUCCUUGCCCUUUCAUUUUUUGCUUCCCCUUUCCAAUGCGAGCAUAGGAGAAUCUGAGUCAUCGAUGUCGGAAAUGGAUCAAAGUUUUUUGUCUGCUUACAAAUUUACCGAACACCGCCAUGUGACUAAGAAGCUCGCAAGACGGUCGCCGGCGAGGCCAAGAAAUGUACUGGGUACCUCCUCAGUUGGACCAAAAGUGGUGAGAAUCUCUGUCACCGAUGCCGACGCUACGGAUUCAUCCGGUGACGAAGAGGACGAGCUUUUCUGCCGCCCCCGUGUGAAGAGGUACAUCAGCGAGAUCAACAUCGAGUCUUGUUCGAGGGAGGACGGUGGCGCCAAUGGUCCUUGGACCAACAGAUCCGUACGGAACAGUCGGAAGAGACCAGCCGGACCGGCAACUUCCCGGCGGCCGGUGAAGUUAAUGUCGUCCAACGGUAAGAAGUUCCGUGGUGUACGGCAACGCCCAUGGGGUAAAUGGGCAGCCGAGAUUCGAGAUCCUGCAAGACGGGUGCGGCUGUGGCUGGGUACAUACGACACCGCUGAGGAAGCGGCUAAGGUUUACGACAAUGCAGCGAUUCAGUUAAGAGGCCCCGAUGCCAUGACCAACUUCGCCGUCAAUACCACCACCACUACAGUACCCGAAGUCAAGUCGAUGACGUCAUCCAGCUACGACUCCGGCGACGAUUCGUCGCACAACCUCUCCUCUCCUACCUCUGUUCUCCGGUUCCAUUCUUCCAACGAAGAGUCAUUGUCCAAAAUCCGGGAAGAACCAGUUAAACAAGUUGAAGAAGAAGCGAUUUCAAGCAGCAGCAGAAGUAGUAGUAGUAAUGGAAGUGUGAGAGGUCGCGAAGGUCAAGGUGACAUUCGAGAAAUCUUCAAAUCGUCCAGAGAAGAAGAAGACACAACGCCAUUCUUGAACAACGAUUUCUUCUUGGAUUUCGAAACAACGGCGCCAGGGCUGUUCGACGUGAGCAACUUGCCGGACAGUCGUUUCAGUGAAGACUUGAGCAAUAUCUUCCUCGGGUCCAGCGAGGAUUUCGGAUCAUCGACGUGGCGGGUUGAUGAUUUUUUUCAAGAAAUCGGCGAUAUAUUCCCUUCCGACUCUGAACGGCGAUUCAACUAAACGAGUUUUUUUUUUUUUUUUAAUUAGUAAUUUUUUUAUAUGUUAACUGUCAAGUAAAACGAUGAGACAGUGAGAGUUUUGAGAGAGACGUCAUCGGCGAGGAAAUGAUUUGUUUUAAGUAACGUGUAAACGUUCAAGUGUUUCCCUCCAUUGCUUUUUGAUAUGACAGGUGGCAAAUAUUUAAAUAUAUGAGAUUAAUAGCCAGCUGGCAAGUAUGAUGAAUGAAGGUUAUGCGUUUUCGAUUUU